GUGUGUAUCUGUGUAUCUACGGUGUGAGACAGAGAAUACAUGCAUGCAGUUAAAUUUGAGCGCAGAUCCCUAAACGUGCUCAGUGAAACAUUAUUUGCUGUGCAGUACGGUACUCGGUUACUCGACGCAAUAACAUUCAAAGUUCGAACCCUUGCGCAUGCGUAAAUAAGCUAAACACCAGAUCGCAGUGAACAAUUCGCGGAUUAAACUACAUAUGUUAUGAUCUAUGAUCGUGUCUAUUGUGAGAAGUGACAAAUCGCAGUGAUAGAUUAAUUGAAAAUUGUUUGAAUCGAAAAUAAAAACUCAAAAUCGUCAAAAUGGUUUUGUUGCAUGGACGACAGUAUCUGUUAUUGUUGUUUUUGUUACCGCUAACGGCAGUGUCUUGUAGCGCCAAGAAUACACAUUCAAAUCAGCGCAAACACAACCAUCCUCGGUAUUUGAGUCGUCAACAAAAGAGUGCACUUGCCCGCCAAUUGCUCCUCGUCGAUGGGUUGCAGGUGGAAUCGGAGAGUUAUUUCGACGUAGUGGAACAACCAGAACAAUUUGUGGAAAUCGAUACGCAAAUCGCGCCAGAAACGAAAGGCAAACAUGGCGCCAUUGAACCAACUCAUCUAAAGCAUUUGCUUGAUAUCGCCGCCGUUGAGUCGGAGAUGUCAGCCGCCAUUGCAGCCGGCGACGAGGAGGCGAAGAACGUCUGGAGUCGCGCCAACGCAAAUCGGCCGGCCUUCCUUUUCGACAGCGGCGCUUUGUCGAAAAUACAAUCGAAUAAUACAAAAAGUAUAAACACCGAUGAUGGAGGGAAUUUUUUCUACGAACGAAACAUUAUUACCGAAGAGCCGGGAGUAUCGCUAGCAAAGCUUAAAGCAGACCGCCAACAAAAGAACACAAUGAAGGGAGACGACACAAGCGGCAUCCCACGCCAGCGGCUACAGAGCUUGGCAUUUCGAAGGCGUUUAUUUAAACAACUUAAAGGCAAAAGGGUACCGGUCCACAAAAAGAAGCACCACAAGAGACGUAUUUUUCAGUCUCCCAAUGAAGCGAAAAGCAGGCACAACAAGGUCAAAUCAAGUGUCAAUCAUAACCCUAAUCUAGACUCAUUCAACCACUUUAGAAACACUCCAUAUUUAAGUUCAGUACCUCGUUCACGGCGUGCAGUUACCGCCAAAAAGGAACGCAUUUGGGAUUACGGUGUCAUACCGUAUACCAUCGACGAGAUAUUCAGCGGGGUACACAAGGCGCUCUUCAUGAGAGCCAUGCGCCAUUGGGAGAAUUCCACAUGUAUUAAAUUUGUUGAACGCGAUGCUAAGGUGCACCCUAAUUACAUACAUUUUACUGUUAAAAAUUGUGGUUGCUGCUCGUUUGUGGGCAAGCGCGGUUCCGGACGACAAGCCAUUUCGAUUGGUCGCAACUGUGAAAAAUUCGGAAUUGUCGUGCAUGAAUUGGGACAUGUUAUUGGGUUUUGGCACGAACAUACGCGCACCGACCGAGAUAAGCAUAUAUCUAUAAAUAAGGAGAAUAUCAUGAAGGGGCAGGAGUAUAAUUUCGAUGUGCUUUCACCGGAGGAUGUUGACUCACUGGGUCUACCAUAUGAUUAUAAUUCAAUCAUGCAUUACGCAAAGAAUACUUUUGCCAAGAAUGUUUAUUUGGAGACCAUUCAGCCUAUUGGACUAUCGAAGUCCCAACAUAUAGAGAUCGGCCAAAGAUUACGUCUAAGUACGGGGGAUAUAAUUAAGGCGAAUCGAUUAUAUAAAUGCAGCAGUUGCGGACGUACAUUCCAAGAGAAUUCUGGAGAGAUAAUCUCACCUCAUUACGAAUACUCAGCAUAUUCGGCGAUACAAGACAGUAAUGUGAUAGAAGACAGCGGAAGCGGUGAUUACGAGGUCAGUGAUUUUGACAAAUCUCUAGAGAAAUGCGAAUGGCGUAUCACAGCAACAAAUGGGGAACGUAUUAUUUUGCAAAUUCAUCAAGUGCAUCUUCUGCAGUCCACUAACUGUGCUGUGGAUUAUUUAGAAAUACGAGACGGUUAUUGGUACAAAUCUCCUGUUAUUAAGAGACUAUGCGGCAAUGUCACGGAGGAAACGGUUAGGAGCAGCUCCAGUCGAAUGCUCAUCAGUUAUGUUAAUCACCACGCAGUCAGAGGAUACCGUGGAUUUUCGGCCAAUUUCGAGGUUACAUGUGGUGGUGACAUUUUUCUCACCGAAAGUAGACGUGUUGACUCACCCAAUUAUCCAUUGGAAUAUCUGCCGGAUCGUGAAUGCAUUUGGCGCAUAUCGGCACCGGAGAACCGUCAAGUUGGGCUGAAAUUUCAGUCAUUCGAAUUGGAGAAUCAUGAUAACUGUGCUUACGACUAUGUGGAAAUACGCGAUGGUAAUGACAGUGACUCUCAAUUAAUUGGAAUUUACUGUGGAUAUAUUCUACCACCAAAUAUCAAGUCUAAUUCAAAUCAAAUGUUUGUAAAGUUUGUUUCCGAUGGUUCGGUCCAGAAGGUUGGCUUUUCCGCGGUCUUCCUACAAGAGUUGGAUGAAUGCAAAUUUACAAAUCAUGGCUGUCAGCACGAAUGCAUCAAUACUUUGGGGAGCUAUCAGUGUGCUUGCUUUGCUGGCUAUGAGCUGCAAGCCGACGGUCGCACUUGCGAAGAUGCGUGCGGCGGCAUUAUCAAUGCCUCUAUUCCCAAUGGGACACUUCAUUCGCCGUCAUUUCCGGAUGUGUACCCCAUAUCGAAGGAGUGUGUUUGGGAGGUGGUCGCACCGCCCAAUCAUGCGGUCUUCCUUAAUUUUACGCACUUCGAUUUGGAAGGCACAAAGUAUCAAUACACAGAAUGUAAUUACGAUUACCUAUUGGCGUACUCUAAGUUACGUGAUAGUCGUCUAAAGAAAAUCGGUAUUUAUUGUGGUCAAGAGCUACCACCGGUAUUGAGGUCCGAACAUAAUGUACUGCGCUUGGAAUUCUAUUCAGACAAAAAUAUUCAACGGACAGGCUUUUCAGCCAAUAUUGUAAUUGAUUUCGACGAAUGCAGCGUGGACAAUGGAGGCUGCCAACAUCAUUGCCUCAAUACAUUCGGAUCAUAUAAGUGCAGUUGCCGCAAUGCAUUCACUCUCCACGAGAAUCAGCACAAUUGCACUGAGACCAAAUGCAAGUUUGAGAUCACUAGCCCCAAAGGAACCAUUUACAGCCCCAACUUCCCAAAUGAAUAUCCACACAACACAUACUGUUUUUGGCAUUUCCGCACCGUUCUGGGCCACCGAGUGCAGUUGACAUUUCAUGAAUUCGAAAUGGAAAACCAUCAGGAAUGUUUUUACGAUUAUCUCGCCUUAUAUGAUGGCAAAUCUGAGAACAGCUCAACAUUGGGCAUUUACUGUGGAGGACAUGAGCCGUAUGCGGUAGUAGCAUCCACAAAUGAAAUGUUCAUGGUCCUGCGGACAGAUGCAUCGCUGCAGCGUAAAGGAUUCCGAGCAACAUACUCAACAGAAUGCGGCGGCUACUUGCAAGCAACAAAUGAAACGCAAGUCUUUUAUUCACAUCCACGCUAUGGCAGUCGGGUAUACAAUCGGCACAUGUAUUGUAAUUGGCGUAUACAAGCUGAUUCUGAGAGUAGUGUUCAAAUAAAAUUUUUGCACUUUGAGGUCGAAUAUUCGGAUCGCUGUAAAUAUGAUGCGGUGGAAAUAAGAGAAGAAAUAUUUGAAGAGAAGUAUAUGGACGUAAGAAGCAAUCAUGGACGUUAUUGUGGCAAUAGAAAGCCACCUACAAUAACAUCAUAUACCGAUACGUUACUGAUGAGAUUUCAAACGGAUGGCAGUACCUCGUUGCGUGGUUUUGCUGUUUCUUUCGUAGCCGUAGAGCCGCCGGAAGAGGAUCUUAUAGACGAGCUAGACGCUGUUACACCUUUUCCUGGUUACAUGCGAAGUGUGUACUAUGCAUCGGAUACAGGCAGCGAUUUCGAUGAUUAAUGAAUAAAAUGUAGAAUUAUUAAGUGAAUAUGUAUGAUUUGUUUGUUUGUUACAAUUAAUGAUUAAUUAAUUUAUUAAAGAAUCAGUAAAUUAAACUUAAAUAUUAUGCAUAA